AUGAAGCCGCCACUCUUGUUGUUUAUUGUGCAUCUGCUGUGGUUGAAAGACUGUCACUGUGCACCUCCUUGGAAGAGCCAGACUGAGAUCCAGGGAAACCUGAAGGAUUUUUCCAAGACAGGGAAGAAAAAUUUAGAUGAAGAGGUGAAGAAAGCUUUGAUUGGUAUUAAGCAGAUGAAAAUCAUGAUGGAAAGAAGAGAGGAGGAACACAGCAAUCUAAUGAAAACAUUGAAUAAAUGCAAGGAAGAGAAGCAGGAAGCACUGAAACUUAUGAAUGAAGUUCAGAAACAUCUGGAACAAGAAGAACACCUAUGCCAGGUGUCUUUGGCAUCUUCCUGGAAUGAAAGCAAAUCUUGCCUGGAAAGCAACCACAUGGGAUUUUAUACAACUUGCCAACCUACUUGGUCCUCUGUGAGAAAUACGGUUGGACAUUUUUUAAGAAAGAUAUAUCAAUUUCUAUUUCCCUUUCAAGAAUAUAAAGAGAAAGAUCAUCUGGUUAAUGAAAAUGUCAUUGAGGAAGAUAUGCACCUGACCCAAAUAGAAAAUGUGUUCAAUCAAUUGACAGUGGAUGUGAGAUUUCUCUUUAACAGGAGUUAUAAUGUCUUCAAACAAAUGCAGCAAGAAUUUGACCAAGCCUUUCAAUCAUAUUUCAUGUCAGAUACAGACCUAAUUGAGCCUUACUUUUUUCCAGCUUUUCCCAAAGAGCCAGUGGAAACACUGGAUCUUGUGCAAAGUUGGGACAUUCUCAACUUCUUCCAGAUAGUUUAUAAUUUCACUCUCUCUAUUUAUCAAAGUGUCAGUGAAACAAUUACUGAGACAUUGCGUGCAAUAGAGGAUUUACCAAAACCAGACAAUGACUCUGACUAUCGAAACCUGAAUUCAAAGAACUGGUCGAUGCCAGAGAAAGAACUCUGUGGGCAAGUUGGCCUGAAUGUGUCAGAAUGUUUUGAGUUUCAUACAAGAUGCCCAGAAUAUCAGAAUUAUGUAUGCAAAGAGUGUCCUGAUGUACCCGAACUGCACAAAAAAGUACAUGAGGCGCUUAAAUUGGUCAACAUUUCCAAUCAGCAAUAUGCCCAAAUUCUCCAGAUGACCCAGCAUCACCUUGAAGACACCAAAUAUCUGAUGGCAAGAAUGGAAGAGCACUUUGGCUGGGUGACUGAACUGGCGAAGCAGACUCCAAAAACUGAGAACAUCUUUAGUUCAGUGAGGAUACCUGCAUCUAUCCACGAAGAAGACUUUUCCGAUCAAGAUGAAAUGAUGAUAGACUUGAACAUUCUGCCUUCCCUUAAUUUCACACUGCAGAUUCCUCUGGAAGAAAAUGCUGAAAGUUCUAGCUUCAUUAGUUAUGUAAUAACAAAAACUCUACAGUAUUUUGAAGAGCAUUUUAAAGUUCAGUAA